AUUGUUGUGUCGUGUACUUGUGUCACUAAAUCGAAAGCACUCAAAGUCAAGAAUAAAAUAAAACAAACAGGAAAAGUACUAUGCAUAUACACGAAAUCUUAUUUAAUUUCUGUCAAUAGCGCGCUGACGCGUGUACUUCACACCGACGCAUAUGCCACGGAAAUACAUAAAAAUUUGACUGUAGUGAAGUAGAUUAUUUUUCAACUUUCAAGUGCAGAAAGUGCAAGAGAGCGCGGUCGAAAAAAACAAGGCAAAAGACUCCGGCUCUCAAAUCAGUGAAAAAUGCAUGAAAACUGAUUCGCAUAUUCGCUUUUCCUCGAAAAUGGCAAGCGAAGAAGUAAUUGAGGCUAAUAAAAAGCCACAACCUGUAUUUAAGAAUCGUUCGUUUCAACAGAAAUUUCGGCCGACUAGUACUACUGGGAAGAAACGUACUUGGCGAUCGUUGAAACAAGUUUUGGCUCAGGAGCGUUCAUUGCCAUGGCCAAUGACGAUAAAACACUAUAGCUCCAUUAAUGCACCGCCGAGUUUCAAGCCUGCGAAAAAGUACUCUGAUAUUUCCGGAUUACCGGCACGAUACACGGAUCCGCAAACUAAGUUAUAUUAUGCCACUGCGGAAGAAUUUGCCACGGUUCGCAGUUUACCGAUGGACAUAACGGCUGGAUAUUUGGCUUUACGCGGAGCAUCUAGUAUCGUUGGUUAAAUGAUCCAAUCAUCUCGACAUGGGCUAAAAUUAAUAAUAAAAUGGGCACGAUCGCUGUAUCGUGGUCCACACAUAGUUGGACAUUCGAUAUAACACCCAAGUUUGCAACGUUUUCGUUAUACGAACAUCUGUACGCAUUUCGCAAGCGUUGCUACUCUUACAUUUCGUUUAUAGAAGAGGUAUUUGGAUAGGAAUGGAGAAUAAAAUGGGACGGAUUCAAUCGAGAGACAGAAUAAAUCAAGUAUCGAUAUUUUUUAUAUCUCACAGACAACAUUUAUAACAUUUCGUCGUGUCUGUUAAUGUGCUUUGUAGAGGAUUUUUCAAAAUGAACAAUUCCAUAAAU